AUGGCUGACGCAGAGAUCGAGUCCAUCAAACGCCUCCAGGCGGAGCGGAAUGGAAAGAAAGGUUCAAAAACCUUUGACCUGUCAAACCAGCGCACUGACGUCUCGACCAAGGCCUCUCUCACCGAAAGCUUCGAUACCACCUUGUACGAUCGCGAGAACUCCGACAAAUAUGCAGGUUAUAAUACGUCCAUCGCGGUCGACGGCGAAGAUGAGGAUAUGGCCGACGACGAUGAUGGCCAAAACGGUCAUCGACUAGUUGGACAGUAUACCGCAACCUCAGAGCAGAUGAAAGAAUUUGCUACCGGAAAAGGUGUGGAGGAAGAAGAUAUACUGCUGGCGCGCGAAAAGACAUCUAGGAUAUCCGAGAGGGAAACCGACUAUCAGAAACGGCGCUUCGACCGAGCUCUUUCCCCAACGCGAGCGGACCCCUUUGCUGCGGAUGGCCAAGCAAAUGGAGAUGCAGAAGGUGCAAGCUAUCGGGAUAUCAUGGCGCUUCGGGAAAUUGAGAAAGAAGAGGAGCGUGUCAAGAGGUUAAUAAACGAUAAGCAAGCAGGCGAGGAACCGAAUGGAUCGGUUGAGCACGAGGCGACCCUCAAGCUACAAGAGGGUGACAAAGAGAACCAGGAAGACGAUUCGGCCUCUGCUAUAGCUAGUAGGAAGAGGAAGAAGAGGUGGGAUGUACCCUCGGAAGAGUCCACUAAGCCUACUGAGCCAGAAUCUGCUGAAGUAAAGCCGAAAAGGUCGAGAUGGGACCAAACCCCAGUACCCGGCGGGCAGGCUGAGGCUCCAAAACGUAGAUCCAGAUGGGAUCAAGCGCCAACGCUCACUGCUGCAACCCCAGUUGGUAACCAAGGCCUCGCAACGCCGGUGCCGCAAGCUUCUGGACCCAUGGCUGUGCCAGCGUUCGGUUCCGAUAUAUCUGCUCGCAAUGCACCUUUAUCAGACGAAGAACUAGACAUGAUGCUUCCCUCUGAAGGCUAUAAAAUUUUGGAGCCCCCGCCCGGGUACGCACCAAUUCGAACACCUGCUCGAAAGCUUAUGUCUACACCUGCUCCAAUGCAGAGCGCCAGUGGCAUCGGUGGGUUCAUGAUGCAGGAACCUGAAAACGCCCGCUCCAUGGGAAAACAGCUCCCUACCGAAAUUCCCGGGGUUGGCGACCUACAAUUUUUUAAGGCUGAAGAUAUGGCAUACUUCGGAAAGCUCGUCGAUGGCGCAGAUGAGAACUCAAUGUCUGUUGACGACCUAAAGGAGAGAAAGAUAAUGAGGCUAUUGCUGAAAGUCAAGAACGGAACACCGCCAAUGCGAAAAACAGCACUACGUCAGCUUACAGACAACGCCAGGCAGUUUGGAGCUGGCCCGCUUUUCAACCAGAUUCUACCCUUGUUAAUGGAGAAGUCUCUUGAAGACCAGGAACGACAUUUGCUCGUGAAGGUCAUCGAUCGUAUCCUAUACAAGCUUGAUGACCUUGUUCGACCUUACGUGCAUAAGAUUUUGGUCGUCAUAGAGCCUCUACUUAUCGAUCAGGACUAUUAUGCUCGAGUUGAAGGUCGUGAGAUUAUUUCUAACCUGAGUAAGGCUGCUGGUCUUGCCCAUAUGAUUAGUACCAUGCGUCCGGACAUUGACCAUGUUGAUGAAUACGUACGAAAUACUACCGCCAGGGCAUUCGCCGUCGUCGCCUCUGCCCUUGGUAUACCUGCCCUUCUUCCGUUCUUGAGAGCUGUCUGUCGAAGUAAGAAAUCCUGGCAAGCUAGGCACACUGGUGUCAAAAUUGUACAGCAAAUCCCAAUUCUCAUGGGCUGUGCUAUUCUACCGCAUCUACAAGGCCUUGUGGACUGUAUUGGAGACAAUCUUAGCGACGAGCAAGCCAAGGUUAGGACGGUAACCAGUUUAGCCAUUGCCGCCCUUGCUGAGGCUGCUAACCCCUACGGUAUCGAGAGCUUCCAAGAUAUUCUCGGCCCUCUCUGGAUGGGAGCAAGGAAGCAACGAGGCAAAGGCUUGGCAGGUUUCCUCAAGGCUGUCGGUUAUAUUAUUCCGCUGAUGGAUGAAGAGGGCGCAAAUUACUUUACCAGUCAAAUCAUGGAAAUUGUACUCCGGGAAUUUUCAUCCCCUGACGAAGAAAUGAAGAAGGUUGUGUUAAAGGUUGUAUCACAGUGCGCAGGGACGGAUGGUGUUACCGCAGUUUACUUAAAGGAGCACGUACUUCAGGACUUCUUCAAGAGUUUCUGGGUUCGACGCAUGGCGUUGGACAAGAGGAACUACCGCCAAGUUGUGGAGACAACUGUCGACCUAGGCCAGAAAGUUGGUGCCGGUGAAAUACUUGAAAGGAUCGUGAACAAUCUCAAAGAUGAGAGCGAGGCAUACCGCAAGAUGACCAUUGAAACGGUUGAGAAGGUUAUCGCCUCGCUUGGUGCCGCAGAUGUUGGCGAGAGACUCGAAGAGAGGCUAAUCGACGGUGUUUUGUUCGCAUUCCAAGAGCAGAGCGUUGAAGAUAUAGUAAUACUCAAUGGUUUUGGUACAGUUGUCAAUGCUCUCGGUUCCCGAUGCAAACCAUACUUACCCCAGAUUGUGAGUACAAUUCUCUGGCGUCUCAAUAACAAGUCCGCCACUGUACGACAACAAGCGGCAGAUCUUAUUUCACGAAUUGCAAUGGUUAUGAAGCAAUGCGGUGAAGAUGCCCUGAUGGGCAAACUCGGCACUUUCCUUUACGAAUACCUUGGUGAGGAAUACCCAGAGGUCCUGGGUUCGAUAUUAGGCGCAUUGCGAUCCAUUGUCACUGUUGUCGGCAUUAAUCAAAUGCAACCCCCUAUCCGCGACCUUCUUCCCCGCCUCACGCCUAUCCUCCGAAAUCGCCACGAGAAAGUGCAAGAAAAUACCAUUGACCUAGUCGGUCGUAUUGCUGACCGUGGACCUGAGUCCGUCAAUGCCAGAGAAUGGAUGCGAAUCUGUUUUGAACUACUCGACAUGCUAAAAGCACACAAGAAGGGAAUUCGACGAGCUGCUAACAACACCUUUGGCUUUAUUGCCAAGGCUAUCGGUCCGCAAGAUGUUCUCGCUACACUUCUCAAUAACCUCCGUGUCCAAGAACGUCAAUCCCGAGUCUGUACUGCUGUUGCCAUCGGUAUUGUUGCAGAAACUUGUGCUCCGUUCACGGUUCUUCCCGCCCUUAUGAACGAAUAUCGAGUACCCGAGCUAAACGUGCAAAACGGUGUCCUAAAAGCCAUGUCUUUCCUUUUCGAAUACAUUGGCGAAAUGGCCAAAGAUUACGUCUACGCCGUUACUCCCCUACUGGAAGAUGCAUUGAUCGAUCGAGAUCAGGUCCAUCGUCAAACCGCUGCUAGUGUGGUGAAGCAUAUCGCCUUAGGUGUGGUUGGACUCGGAUGUGAAGACGCUAUGGUUCAUCUUCUUAAUCUCCUAUACCCUAAUCUUUUCGAAACCAGUCCUCACGUCAUCGAUCGAAUCAUUGAAGCUAUCGAAGCUAUUCGCAUGGCCGUCGGGACAGGUAUCGUCAUGAACUAUGUCUGGGCUGGUCUAUUCCACCCAGCUCGCAAAGUACGAACCCCUUACUGGAGGUUGUACAAUGACGCCUAUGUUCAAGGUGCGGACUCGAUGAUUCCAUACUAUCCUACGAUCGAGGAGGAUGGUUUAGGUAGAAGUGAAUUGGGCAUCAUUUUGUAA